AACAAUUAUUAUAUAAAAUGAAACUCUGUGGGUAGCGCUACCGCCACCGGUUGCUCCACUAGGGAGAGAGUUUUAUUCUUCUCCUCCUUAACUAUUCUUUAUUUUUUGUUUUUGAAUUCGAAAAAACCAGUAAUACUAAUAAUUAUGAAGAUUAUUGGAAAACAAAAAAUGGUUCCGCUGUUUCUGGCGUUGGCUAUGGCUUGCGCGAUCUUGCUCUCCGGCAGUGUACACUCGUACAACCGCCCACCGCCACGAGAAGAUAUUAGGGUUGAUUACACCAAAGACGAUGAUGAGCCUGAUUCUUCUCCACAACAGGUACAUAUAUCUUUGGUUGGAGAAGACCAAAUGAGAAUAUCAUGGAUAACACAGGGGUCAGGUCCAGCAACAGUAGAAUAUGGUGUAUCUCCUGGGGUUUAUGGAUAUACCAAGAGUGGAUCUACUUCUUCGUACCGCUACGCAACGUACGAGUCAGGUUCCAUUCAUGAUGUGGUGAUUGGUCCCUUAAGCCCAAACACUGUAUAUUACUAUCGAUGUGGCGAUGCCUCUUCUCCUGAAUUCACUCUCAAAACCCCACCAGCUGCCUUCCCCAUCAAAUUUGUACUUGCAGGUGAUCUUGGGCAAACCGGUUGGACAACUUCAACUCUGGAUCACAUAGCAAAAUCAAACUACGACAUUUUGGUACUUCCGGGAGACCUCUCCUACGCCGACAUCAUUCAGCCCAGGUGGGACUCCUUCGGCCGCCUGGUGGAGCCACUCGCGCGCCAGCGCCCAUGGAUGGUCACCCAAGGAAAUCACGAGAUCGAGAAGAUCCCCGUCGUCCACAACACCCCCUUCACUGCCUACAACGCCCGCUGGCCCAUGCCCUUCCAGGAGAGCGCCUCCGACUCCAACCUCUACUAUUCCUUCGACGCGGCGGCGCGUGGUGUCCACGUCAUCAUGCUUGGGUCGUACACCGAUUUUGGCAAGGACUCCGCCCAGUACAAGUGGCUGGAGGGAGACUUGAGGAAGGUGGAUAGGAAACAGACUCCGUGGUUGGUGGUUGUUCUCCACGCGCCUUGGUAUAACUCGAAUACUGCUCACCAGGGCGAACCCGAGUCAAACGACAUGAAAGCUGCCAUGGAGGAACUUCUCUAUAGUGCACGCGUUGAUGUCGUUUUUGCUGGUCACGUGCAUGCCUACGAACGUUUUACCCGUGUAUAUAAUGACAAAGCCGAUAAGUGUGGUCCAAUAUAUAUCACAAUUGGAGAUGGUGGCAACCGGGAAGGCCUUGCUACGAAGUACAUAGAUCCAAAACCGGAAAUUUCAAUCUUCAGAGAGGCUAGUUUUGGACAUGGACAACUGGAGUUUUUGAAUGGGAGCCAUGCACACUGGACGUGGCACCGGAAUCAAGAUGACGUGGCAGUUGAGAGUGACUCAUUUUUGUUUACGAGUCUUUCAUUUGAUCCUACUUGUAAAUUGUAAUAAUCAAAACUAGUUUGGUGAAACUGAACUUUAAAUAGUUUUAUAUAAUAAUAAUUUGCUGAUGAAGUUUGGUUAGAUAUAGUAGCUGUAUUGUUCUCGGACUAGUACUUGAAUUGGACCACAUUCAAAAACUGAAGUUGUUUAAUAAAACAAAUUCAAUUUACAUUUCUU